UUUUCCAAUUCCAAUAUACCUUUUUUGAGAUGUUUCAAUGAUUCCUAUUACAGUAGCACCUAAAGGGUCAAGACCCCGCUGCGCUAGGUGCUGCAGACUCAGAAUAGAAGCUGACCCCUGUCCAAGACAGUUUAUAAUCUAAAGACAGGACCCACAAGCAGAAAGACACACAAGAAGCACUGUGUAAAUUACAAUUUUUCCCAACUCUCUGCCCCUCCAUAACAACCCCACCAGCAGUCCCAGUCCAGGUUUCUCGGCCAACCUGCACGCUCAGCAUCCACCCAAAAAGCCCUACCCCUACCCCACUGUGCUGCGUUCCCACGGAAAGACAUUAACUUUAGUCUGGGGAAAGGAAAAAGUUUGACAGCUGCUUCCAUCUCCCCCAUCCUACCUACAAGAUGCCUAUGCAUAUGUAACCGAAAACUCCACUCGGCUGUUUUGCUCUCAGACGUCAUGCCUCCUGGUCCUCCUCACCCCCAAGCCUGCCCUUCAGUUUUACAGCUUGACUGGGCCCUUCUUGCCACUGAAUAUAUUUGCUUCAGAUUAUUCCCACACACACCCCGAGAUCGUCCUCAAUAUAUUAGCUUGCACUUUCCAUGCUGGGAAAGGAUUUUUCUCCACAUUUCUCAUCUCUGCGUCCCUUCGGAUCACACACAUCUGUCCUCACUUGAGCUCCCAUCACCUCCUAAUUUUGUAUCAUUUGCGACUGUCAUGAACAUGCUCUCCACAUCCUCUUCUCCAUCUCUGAGGAACUCUCAAUAAGACAGAAUUUAAUAGACGCCUACAGUAUCAAGUGGACACCUUCCUGCAAUUUGAUCCAUUGCUAUUUAUCAUUAUCCUCCACUUACCAAUCUUCCAGCUAGUUUGUAAGCACAUGGGACAGUGUCAUUUCCAAGCCAAUAUGAAUUAACUGUAAUGAGACCACCAAAUCCUCUGCUAAAAUCCCAACAUAUUAUGUCAAAUUAAAGUGAUAUUUACCCUGACUGUCUCUCUCCAAGAGAAACAACAGAAAACCGUUUCAAGUGAAACCUGAAGGUGCUAGGUCAGAACUUACAUUCCAUAUAUUCCUUGGGGUCAGUCACCUUUCUAGAUGAGGUGUACAACAAAUACACACUCACACCUGUAUAAGAACAAUUCUGUGAAAUCAGGUUGGGAAGGAUGUUAAAUCCCAUUGUCUUUCACACCAAUUAAAGAAAUCCAGAUUUCUCCUCCCUCCUCCUGCCCCCCCGACUAGCCCCAUAAAAAAGUUACAGGAGAAACAGCACAAAAUAUCCCACGAGGAAAGUGAGAAUUGUUUACAAAGCAAAUCCACGUUCACCCACAUGUGAGUAUGAGGGGGGCAUGUGUUUUUGUUCUUAAAAACAGUUCAGGCAUUAUGUUCUUGGCCCCCACAAAAUGUGGGGUUGAUGUGCCAUGAUGAGAGCCAAGUCCCCGCUGUCACAAAGCAGAUGCUACAGGUCUGAUAUCAAGGUUACAUAAAGGGCUCAAACACAGACAUGGGGCAGCAAUGCAGUUAUGCAAGAAGACAGAGCAAUUAGUAAGUCAAUAAUGGAGCAAUGCUACCUAAUCUGGGAAAGGCUGGCCUGAUGCUAUAUCAGUGACUAUUAAAGCAAUCACAAUAAACAUAUUCCAAUGGCAUCUGACUCCACCAAUCCCACAAGAUAUUGUAGAGAAACCUUUGUAUGCAUACUGGAGAGAUGUAGGUGGGUGUGGAGAAGGGGCACACACAGAGCUGGUGGGAGCACGUCUAUGUCUAGACGUCGUGCUCCAAAACCGUAGAAAUGGUUAAGAAAGUCAGGGGCACAGAAUUGCUUGCUUCCCCUCUGCUAGUCCUGCUGGCCCUAAAGUUUACCAUCAUGUCUAUUAUCCCAGAGAGUUGUACCAAGGUGGAACUCCAGAGAGGAACCCUUCCCCUCACCCUAGGCUUGGCAGGAGUUUGUUAUGCUAAUGCUCACAGAUGAAGAAAGACAGGUAUAUAGUUUGUUCCUUUUUCUAAUCUAGACAUUUAAUUGAAUGACUCACACAAAAGCAAAACCUAAGCCACACUAAAACAUUUACUCUAAUAUAAUGCAUUGUAGUCUUCUUGGGUUGCAAUUACUGCAGAGAUCUGUGAUUUAUCCACGGUCUCACUGUGUAAGAACCAUUUGACCAAGUGAGGGCUGGGGACUGUCUCCCUCAGUUGCUCCCAUUAUGUCUACUUUACAAAUGUGCUCUUUAAAAGAACAUUAGUACAGAAGCUUAAACCCCAUCCAUUCUAAUACAAAUUCUUAUUUGUUUCCAAUAUGCUUAUUUAAGAAAAGAAUUUAAAAAAUCAUUUACUUUUCAUCAUCUAUGAUGAUCACUUUUCCCCUUCCCAAGUUUCUACACUGAGCCCUCAAUUUCACGUUUUUUUCAGCCAGUUUCACUUUCCAGAUCUCAUGUACUAUCACACUGCAGCAAAGCUUGGGCUGGAAAUGCCACACAGGGAAAGUUUUAAAUCCCCAUGAAACAAUUUGUUUGGAAUUAGUUUUUAAGGUGGUAAAUGCAGCAGAACCCCGUUUAUCAGAUCAUACUGGGACCGGGGCCAGAUUGGAUCAUCAAAAAUUCCAAUAAUCCAGAGAAUGGGAAAGUGCUAUGCUGCAUUGCCAUCUAGUGGCCACAGGAGAGAUCUCCUGCUUCUGGACCUGUAUGUGCUGCUGUUUGGUUAAUACGGAGAGCCAAAUAAUGAAGGGUCAGAUAAAUGGGGUUCCACUGUAUUCAAUAUAUUUUAUAAAGAUAAGGACGGUGAGAUAAUAUAUCUUUUAUUGGACCAACUUCUGUUGGUGAAAGAAGCAGCUUAUACUGUGUAAGCUCAAACCUUCUUUCUCUCAUCAAGACAAGUUGGACCUGACCUACCUUCUCCUCUACUAUCCUGGGACCGAUAUAGCUACAAUAACACUACAUAUAAUAUAUUUUAUAAGACAUUUAAAAAGAAAGCCUACAAUUUAGAGCCUGAAAACCUGACAGUGGUCCUUUAGCUACAAAGUAAAUCUCCCUCAACCUAUCUUGAAUAUUAUAUCUUCAUACUGUGUUCUACCAGCCUACUAUUUAAAACAUAUUUCAGUGUAAAAGUAGGAAUUUACAGAGGUAGAAUGUAACAGCCUCAUUCAGAAUUUGGCCAAAAAACAAAAGGAUAUCACUUCAAUCCUUUGCAGAUGUUACUUCAGGAUUUGUAAUAACGUCAAAUGAUCAACACGCUGGUUUUGCAGCUCAUCUGAAAGGCAGCAUUGCCAACAGUACAAUGACCCUGUGACACUAUUAUACACUCAGACACUGGUUGCAACAGAGACUUAAAGGGAAGCGCACCACCAACGGUGGAUCUAUAGGUCCAGAUUGGGCCCCCCAGCAAGCACAGAGACACGGUCCCCACACUUUCCACAAGAUUAAUAAUUACAUUCAUUCCACCAAGUGGCCUCCUCCAAGCAAGGUCUUCUAAUACCUAGGGAUGAACCUGACACCUACUGAAUCACCAACAGCACUCCUACAGAGCGCUCAGAUCUCUUCAAAGAUCUGGAAUUCAAACACCAGUCCCAGGUAGGCUACAGUCAUAUGUCUGUCACCUGCCUGAAAGAAUUCAGAUUCUUAUUAAAAGAACAAAACUACAGAAAAUCCUUGGGGUUCAGGAUCAAAAAUAAUUGGGGUUCCACAGUCAAAGAGAACAGACUCAUUCAGAUCUGAGCGAUUCAGCACCUUAGGCUAUAGAACUAUGAUUAAGAACCUUAGUGCCUGAGCUGUUUAAAUAUUUCAGAGUGUAGUUUAGCAGUCAGUACAUGCUGCAUAGAGCACACAAAGGUCAGAGAUCAAACACCCAGGGUCUCUAAUAAUGCCGCACAGAGAGGAGAUGUUUAACAUCCUCUGAGGGAAAGCAUGGACAUUGGUAUGGAAGUGUCAGAAGACACUUGAGUCACCAGUUGGAAAGUGAAAAUGAACACAGGGAAAUUUUAGAGAACCAGAAAAUGAUUAAAGGAAAAACAUCCCACCAAAUAAAUUCAGGGACAUGGAAGGCAUGCACAGUAGACCGCAGAUAUCUAACAAGCUACAAGUACUUUGGCACAAGCCGUGUGAAACGUUAUCAUCAUGGCUACUAAGUCUCAAGGAUGCCUGUGGCAGAUGUGUCUGGUACUGCUGUUCUCCGCUGGAGUCAUGUCACUGGACUGUAACCUGCUUCAUCGCCAGCAAAGCAAAUUUAACUGGUACAGUCUACAACUGCUGCAAAACAUGGGUGGGAAGUUUCCUUUGGAGUGUCUGGGGGACAAGACAGCCUUCCACUUUCCUGAGAAGGUUCUGAAGCCCAAAUUUCGACAACAUGCCACGAUGGCCGUCCAUGAAAUUCUACAGCAGCUCUUUGGCAUCUUCAGCAGGAACCUGACCCAAACUGGCUGGAAAAGAAGAAACGUGGAGAGGUUCCUAAAUGGGCUCGCUCUGCAGACCAAGCGCCUUGAGACAUGCCUACCUACAAAGGCCGGGGCCAACAUUCUGAGACUGAAGAAAUACUUCCAGAGGAUCCAAGAUUUUCUUAAGGAGAAGAAAUACAGCACUUGUGCCUGGGAGACUGUCAGAAAGGAAGGGCAGAGCUGUUUUCAAUACAUUGACAAGCUCACAGUUAGGAUGAAAAAGCAGGCGACAAACAUUUUACUAUGAACAUUUGAGAAUUUGGGUGUGAAGCAGUGAACUGGGAGCAGGAACCAUCUGACCUCAAGCUUAAACUCUAAUAUGGACUUUGUGACCCUUUUCAAUGGGGGAAAAAGCUACAGAACUAUAUGAAUGUACUUAAUGUACUGUGUACGACGUCUCAUCCAAAAGCUAAGAAAUAUUUUAGAGGCCAAACACAGGUGGAGGGGGAAAAUAUUUUGCAAUUGUUAUUUAUUUUCUUUGUGCAUUGUCAAACUUAUCCUGAUUGUGGGAAUGGAGACUGUCACAUCUAUAUUUAUAUAUUUAAAAUAAAAGAAUGACUAAAAAAAUUGAGGAACUGGUUAGAAUGAAUGUAUUCUGUUGCAUAUGCUCUUGUGAGCCUCACAUAAUGUUUAUGAGUUGAAUGUAACUUGUAUUGGUCUAAGGCAGUGAUAUGCAGACCUCAGUGAUUCAA